AUGGCCCCAGACUUCCCUGACAUGUACAAGAGGCCUUUCCGGAAGAGAAAUUUCUAUGGUCUGAAUGAUCACAAAAGGAUGUCAGUUUUGGACUACUGAACCGGUUGUUUUGACACAUUAACUACCUCUUUAUCACCUCUACUAACUCUUUUUGGUUAACUUCCUAACUACGCCUGUUCUUUAAAAAUAACAUCCAUUCAGUGAAGGAAAGGUGCCUCGAUGCUUGGUCCAAAGGCUAGGAUGAGGAUGAGGUAGAGUUGUAUUUGGUUGAUAUUAAACUGACACUAUUGUGCAUGCUACUCAGGCCCUCAAGGAGGACCUGCUGAAAAAGAUCCAGUUAAGAACUUGCAUACAGCUGCCCACGACCGCUCAGAUGUCAUUACCAUUGUGGAACACAACAUGAAACAGCAAAAGAAAGACCUGAAAGCCCUCAUUGACAAGAAUGAGGACCUGGAGGCUGGGUCAAGGAGGUACGAUCUGUGCAUUACCAGGAUAAAAGAGAAACGUGUCAUGAGGAAGAACUCAACCAACAUCAUGGUUAAGCUACUUCAGCAAACCUAUCGUGAAACCUUCACCACUCAACAGGUCCCAUCAGACGCGUCUUUUUGGUGA